UUUAGCCGGCCUUCCAUCUCUUCUUCAUCUUCUCCUCCGUCUCGCGAUCCAAUUGCUUCGUUAUUUUUCUCUCGAUUAGAUAGGUUAAAGAAAUCGGUAUUCCGAUUUUUAAGGGAUACCUGUUUCUGUGAGAUCGGGGCAGAAGAAAGAUGCCUUUUUGUGAUUCGAGCGAGAACGGGACGAGGAUUUUCUACAAGAGAUUUGGGCACGGGAGCACCAAAGUCCUCCUUAUUACCGGAUUGGCGGGGACGCACGAGUCGUGGAGACCCCAAGCAAAGGGGUUGACGGGAGCGGCAGGGGCCAACGUCGACGAUGAUGCGGUGGCAGCGGUCGGCGAUGAGGGAUUGGACGUCCGCGAUCGGGAGGCGCAGGAGGGGAUCGAGGUGUGCUGCUUCGAUAACCGUGGGAUGGGCCGGAGCUCCGUGCCCACCAAUAGAGCCGAAUACACAACAAGUAUCAUGGCAAAGGAUGCCCUUGCCCUACUGGAUCAUAUAGGCUGGAAGAAAGCUCAUGUCUUUGGUCACUCCAUGGGGGCAAUGAUUGCUUGCAAAUUGGCAGCCAUGGCGCCUGACAGGGUAUGCUCCUUGGCCUUGCUCAAUGUCACCGGAGGUGGUUUUGAGUGCUUACCAAAGAUUGAUCGGCAGAUGAUAUCCCUAGCAUAUCGUUUCUUCAGAGCGAAAACACCAGAGCAAAGAGCUAUUGUUGACUUGGAAACUCAUUACACAAAGGGAUUUCUUGAUGAAUAUGUUGGAUCAUGUACAAGAAGGGACAUACUUUAUCAAGAUUACGUAAAAGCUAUUUCAUCAAGCGGAAUGCAAUCAAACUGUGGUUUUGAAGGCCAAGUUAAUGCUUGCUGGAACCAUAAGAUGACAUCUAAAGAGCUCGACACAAUUCGUUCAUCUGGGUUCCUGAUUUCAGUUGUACAUGGAAGGUAUGAUAUCAUUGCUCAAUUAGAUCAUGCACGAAGACUUGCAGAGAAGCUGCAACCUGCUGCAAGAAUGGUGGAACUUCAUGGUGGACAUUUAGUGAGCCAUGAAAGACCAGAUGAGGUUAUUCUUUCUUUUUUGGAGCUGAUAAAUGCUUCAAAAUCCAAGCUUCAGCCUGAAGAGUGGUCCAACAUGCAAGAGAAGCAGGCCGGAUGGCUCAUGAUAGGAACGCCAUUGACAUUGACAAACAAGAACAAUGGUGUGGCAAGCAAUCUUCUAGCCGUUUAUAACUUACUAGGGAAGCUACAACUCAGUUUCCUUUAUUGCAUUGGUUUUUUUAUAAUGGGAUAUGAGCACAUGAGGGGUAUUCUCAAGACCAUGAAGCCAGUUAAAGUUGCAGCCUCCAGUUCAUAACAUUGAACCGACAUUCUAUGGUGAAAUCUUGGAGGCAGCAGCCAUCGAGGAAUAAAAAAUAUGAAGAAAGUGUGUGAUGUUUUUGGAUAUAGACUCUACAUAACAAGCAAAAAAAGCACUGACAAGAUAAUUCAUGUGCCUGAAUUAUGGCACCAUCAUUCAACCACUCAGUGACAUCUCAACUGUAAUCCAAAACUUAACUGUUGCUGUGUGAUUGUUUCCUUUGAAUAAAAGAAGUUCAUUGACUCUGAGUUGUGCUUGAA